GAAAGCAGAAUGUCGCUCAGCCGAAUUUAUGGACUUCAGGCACGGUUGCGGAUGCAGCUACAGAAGAGUGGAGUGAAAGUGAUCGGCUGUGGACGAUCGUUGGAGGUAUUGGAUGGGCAACGGUGUACGUUCGCGACGACACGCUGGUGCCACGACAAACUAGCCCCUAAACCUGUGCCAAAGCAAGACUGGAACCGGGCGGUGAGUGAGGCGGAGAAGAUCGUCGGUUAUCCUACCUCCUUCCUCAGCCUGCGGUGGCUGUUGAGUGAUGAGAUCGCUAACGUGGCGUUACAUUUGCGCAAGUUAGUGGGCAGUAACCAUCCGCUGCUCCGGACGGCCAAAAUUCUUAUCUACAAUGGCAAGAACAAUAUGCAAACCUGGGGACUGAUUGUGUUACUCAUCUCGAAAGCCGUCGGUCACGCACCGACAGUACCCGAUCUGGAGCAGGAUAAAAGUGCCGGAGUGUUACAGUCGCAGCGCGGUCUAGCAGAGAUUACGGAGAUGAUCCGUACGGCGCAACUCGUGCACCAGGGUAUGGUCAACCUGCAACCGCUCGCGGAUGCUGGCAACGAGCUCGGCAGUGAUAGUGACACCAUCUUCGGAAAUAAGAUCGCGCUGUUGAGCGGUGACUAUCUACUGGGAAACGCCUGCUUGCAACUGGCCGGUUUGCGGAAUCAGGCCCUAAUAGAACUGAUUUCUUCGGCCGUCCGGGAUCUGGCCGAAUCGAACUUUGUAGGGGUGCGCGAUCUGCAAAACAAUCCUCUUCCAUCGAAACCACUUGCAAGGACUACUGGCGAGAGUGCGGAAGUAAGCGCAGAUGGUGAGGUGGACCUAAGCUUUGGCGAUCUGGUGGACAACACUCAACCGCUUAGUUUGGCCGGUGUGAUGGGUGAUCCGGAGAAGGAGUGGGCUCUGAGGCACAUUCUCGGUGCGGGCACUCUGCUAGGGAAAAGCUGUCAAGGGGCGAUGAUGUUGGCUGGCCAACCGGAAGCCCUACAGCGGCGAGGUUACAUGUUUGGGAAGCAUCUAUCCCUGGCGUGGCAGGCUUGCAUUGAUCUGGAACCAUUCAGUAGCGAUCAGUUGCCUUCAGGUGGACGCUUUAGCUUGGUAUCGGCACCGGUGCUCUUCCACCUCGAACAUGAUCCCUCACUGUACGCCGAGAUCGAGAAAGGGCUCGAAUCGAUAGAGAAUGUCAAUUACGCCGCAGUUCACGCGGCCGUUCUGAAGGGACCGGGUCUCGAGCGAACACGUGCCUUACAGCGAAAGCACAGCCAGGCGGCGAUGAACGUGCUGAAUGAGCUACCACCAUCGGAUGCCCGCACCGCGCUCCAGAACAUCAUCAUCGCCAUGCAGGACAUCUAGCGAAGGCAGGACAGGACUACCGGGUGGUCCGGGGUCGUAACAUGACAGCAAACGAAACACAACCUUUCGCUCCAAGCUCUUUUCACCGAUAGGGGACACCCAGCCCAGAAAAGAACUAAAUGGUUUAGCGGCACAAUUGACCCAGUAAGAUGAGCGGCAAAUCAUCAAAUUUGUAAAUUAAAACGUACCAUUCCGUCCAGAGUGUGAAAGGUCAGCCAGAAGGCAAGAAGCUAGAAGCAAGCUAGAGGUCUCGAACGCUCAUACAGCAGCGGCAUGUCGGUGCAAACCUCCGGUUUAACCGCUGUGGUUAGAGUUAGUAUUAGUCAGUUGUUGUACAGUGUAGGGAAAGUAGCAAAAUGAUGUUAGCAAGAAUGCAAUUGUUAGAUAAACACAUACAGAAGGCCAAACUAUUCAGCACGGUGACAGUAGUUUGUUCUUCCAACUACGGCUGCGCCAAGGAUCCGCGGCUUUUGCCUCCGUUAUGUUUGUUAUGUUUUACGGUGUAAGGACUACUAGUACGUGUGUGUAACGCUACUGCAGGACACAUCAUUAUGGCAUUAAGGGGGUGUUUGUGGUCACUUUUCUGUUCUGUUAUCGUUAUCGUUAUAUAUUUCAUUUUCCUCCCUUUUUUCCAUCCCUUUUAUACGGCUCGUUCUCGUAAUAUACAUUACUGAUCCGUUUAUAAUAAAACUAUUUAAAUGGCGUUGUUGUAUCAAGUAAAACU